CCUGUCCUCAUGGAGUUCAGAGACCUGCUGCGGUUCCGACACUGCGGCAGGACCGUCUACACGCUGCACGGUCCUGCGGGUCUGCGGUGCCCGGUGUGCGGUCUGGCGGUGCGGCUCGGCUUGAUGGAGGCUCCGAUCCGGAUUCAGACUCCUUUCAGAGACGGACACCGGACGACCUGCUGCUUCCUCAUCACCUCCCGGCACGGAGCGGCCGGGUUCAGUGAAGAAAACGAGUCCGAGCUUCAUGUCGGCGUCUCCAACUCUGAAGGUGUGGUGUUCAGUUACACAGAGUCGGGGGUUCAGCGGCAGCAGCAGGGAUGGGAGCUCAGCAUCGUCGUCCCUCUGGUUGCCCCCAGCAACGACAGCCUCAGUUUCAGGACGCUGUGGGAUGAACAGCUGGAGACAUACAGUCGUCUGAACACCUGGACGGCGGGCAGGUUUCAGGAGCAGAGGGAGUUUGGGUCUUGUUGCUAUGGUUUCGCUCUGAGCUUUAUCAACCAUGUGAUGAGACCAGAGGGCAGCCAGCCAAUCAGCAGAGAGCGCUUCACCUGUUGGUACGUCCUGCCCAGGAUGGAGACGACCUCCAGGUAUCUGUCAGUGUACCAGCACGUCUGUCAGCAUGGAUACUACAGCACCGCAGAGUAGAACUGUCCCACAGCCCCCGAACACACCAGCUGGUUUGGUCUGUUUGCUAGAAACUGUCAAGUCUCUUGAGGUCCCUGAACUACCCACCGGCACAGUGUAUUUACUGCUAACAUCCCCAUCUCCUGAACAGUGCAGUAGAUCUGUGUAUUUGCUGGGAACUAUCUGUACUUCAGGUUUCCCAUGGUCCCCGAACUACUCUUCAGCUGCAUAUUUCCCACAAACACUCAAGUCUCCUGAGGUCCCUGAACUACCCACUGGUCUGUUUGACUGUGCAGAGACUAAGUGUCUAUAACACCUGUCUCACUGUGUCUCCAGGUGUUAUCAGGACGAACAGGUGAGACCUGAUGUUGUGUCUGUGCAGGAUUGAACAGAAAAUAAAAUGAAGAAGUCAUGUUGAUAA